AAACAAAUUUGUUUUCAGGAAAGAGAAAAAAAAAGAAUAAAUAAAGCUGGUGGUUUGGUGACUUUUAACGGCGUGUGGAGAGUUGCUGGCAUAUUAGCGACUUCUCGUGCUUUGGGAGACUAUCCUUUAAAAGAUAAGAAGCUCGUAAUUGCCGAUCCAGACAUUUUAACAUUUGACUUGAGUGAUCACAAUCCCAUGUUUAUAAUAUUAGCGUCAGAUGGCCUAUGGGAUACAUUUUCGAAUGAAGAAGCUGUAGCUUUCAUCAAAGAACGUAUCAACGAACCACAUUUUGGUGCGAAAAGUAUUACGUUACAAAGUUUUUACAGAGGAUCUGCGGAUAAUAUCACAGUUGUCAUAAUUAAUUUGAAGGAUCGCAAAUACAGUAUAUCAGAAGCCAAGAAGAAUCAAUUAUGAUCCCGGUAGCGAAAUAUUUGCUUUUGCAUUAUAAAGUUCCGAAGGUCUAGUCAUAAUAUGAUGAUAACUUGAUGCAGUUUAAAUUAAUUUAUCACCAAAUUAUAUGAUGUAGAACAUGGUUCAUUGCGCUUGUAUUCUUCAUUCUUGUUGCAAGUGACAUGCAAAUAAUUACAAUAGAGUAUU